GCAUCAGAGGCGAUGGCAGCGGACACCGAGCGGGCUUGAGGGCUCGGAGCCGUCCCUUCCGUUGCGACUUCGGGGGCGGGACCCGGCCUUGCGACUUUCGGCUCGCUGGGGUCCCGCUUUCCUCCGCAGCCGCUUGCCUGGGCGGAGGCGGCGGCGGGCGCGGUGCUGGAGGCCCGGGCUGGCCCCGUGCUCGCGCCCCGGCUCGGCCCCGGACGGCCCGGGCUGCUGUGCGGAGACGAGGCCGAGUCGGUAGUGAAAAAAGAAUACUGAAGAAUAGGAUCUCAAGAUGAGUAAAAAGCCCCCAAAUCGUCCCGGAAUCACUUUUGAGAUUGGUGCUCGUUUGGAGGCACUGGACUACUUACAAAAAUGGUAUCCAUCACGAAUUGAAAAAAUUGACUAUGAGGAGGGCAAGAUGUUGGUCCAUUUUGAGCGCUGGAGUCAUCGUUAUGAUGAGUGGAUUUACUGGGAUAGCAAUAGAUUGCGACCCCUUGAAAGACCUUCCUUGAGAAAGGAAGGGCUAAAAGAUGAGGAAGAUUUCUUUGAUUUUAAAGCUGGAGAAGAAGUUCUGGCUCGUUGGACAGACUGUCGAUAUUAUCCUGCCAAGAUUGAAGCAAUUAACAAAGAAGGAACAUUUACAGUUCAGUUUUAUGACGGAGUAAUUCGUUGUUUGAAAAGAAUGCACAUUAAAGCCAUGCCUGAAGAUGCUAAGGGGCAGUUUCUGUUCCAGGUGAAAUCCCAGCAUCCACUAAGCUGGUGUUGUCCUAUCGACCCAGCUGGAUCGUGUAACCAGUCUAUGGGAAGUGAGGAUUGGAUAGCUUUAGUCAAAGCAGCUGCUGCAGCUGCAGCCAAGAAUAAAACAGGGAACAAACCUCGAACCAGCGCUAACAGCAAUAAAGAUAAAGAAAAAGAUGAGAGAAAAUGGUUUAAAGUACCUACAAAGAAGGAAGAAACUCCAAGCUCUAUAGCCACAACAGAAGUGGAGAAGAAGGAAGAUCUACCCACUUCUAGUGAAACGUUUGGACUUCAUGUAGAGAACGUUCCAAAGAUGGUCUUUCCACAGCCAGAGAGCACAUUAUCAAACAAGAGGAAAAAUAAUCAAGGCAACUCAUUUCAGGCAAAGAGAGCUCGACUUAACAAGAUUACUGGUUUAUUGGCUUCCAAAGCUGUUGGGGUGGAUGGUGCUGAAAAAAAGGAAGACUACAAUGAAACAGCUCCAAUGCUGGAGCAGGCGAUUUCACCUAAACCUCAAAGUCAGAAAAAAAAUGAAGCUGACAUUAGCAGUUCUGCCAACACUCAGAAACCUGCACUGUUAUCCUCAACAUUGUCUUCAGGGAAGGCUCGCAGCAAGAAAUGCAAACAUGAAUCUGGAGAUUCUUCUGGGUGUAUAAAACCCCCUAAAUCACCACUUUCCCCAGAAUUAAUACAAGUCGAGGAUUUGACGCUUGUAUCUCAGCUUUCUUCUUCAGUGAUAAAUAAAACUAGUCCUCCACAGCCUGUGAAUCCCCCUAGAACUUUCAAGCAUAGUGAGCGGAGAAGAAGAUCUCAGCGCUUAGCCACCUUGCCCAUGCCUGAUGAUCCUAUAGAAAAGGUUUCUUCUCCCUCUCCAACCACUGAUGGAAAAGUAUUCUCCAUCAGUUCUCAAAAUCAGCAAGAGACUACAAUACCAGAGGUGCCUGAUGGUGCACAUUUGUCACUUGAGAAGCUGGGGCACUGUCUCCCUCUUGAUUUAAGUCGUGGUUUGGAAGUUCCAGCACCGCUAGCCCCAGAUUCCUCUUACCAUAAUGAAUGUCUCAGGAUAGAAAAAGAAGAUACUCAGAUGCUUACAAAUCCUUCUUUCAAAGUAAUAGCUGAUGGAAGAGGCACUUCAAUAACACCAGGAAUAUCGAAAACAGAAAAAAAAGUGAAAUUGGAAGAAAAAAGCUCAACAGCAUUUGGUAAGAGAAAAGAAAAGGAUAAGGAGAAAAAAGAGAAGAGAGACAGAGAUCACUACAAACCUAAACAGAAAAAGAAGAAAAAGAAGAAAAAGAAAUCUAAGCAACAUGAUUAUUCAGACUAUGAAGACAGUUCCCUAGAAUUUUUGGAAAGGUGCUCUUCUCCGCUAACUCGAUCUUCUGGGAGUUCUCUAGCUCUGCGAAGCAUGUUUACGGAGAAAAAUACAACUUAUCAGUACCCAAGGGCAAUUUUGUCAGUUGAUCUUAGUGGUGAAAACCUAUCAGAUGUGGAUUUCCUAGACGAUUCUUCAACAGAGAGUUUACUUCUGAGUGGGGAUGAAUACAAUCAGGACUUUGAUUCUACCAAUUUUGAGGAAUCUCAAGAUGAAGAUGAUGCUCUUAAUGAAAUUGUGCGAUGCAUUUGUGAAAUGGAUGAGGAGAAUGGCUUCAUGAUUCAGUGUGAAGAGUGCCUGUGCUGGCAGCACAGCGUGUGCAUGGGGCUGCUGGAGGAGAGCAUUCCCGAGCAGUACAUCUGCUACAUCUGCCGAGACCCUCCUGGCCAGAGAUGGAGUGCAAAGUAUCGUUAUGAUAAAGAGUGGUUGAAUAAUGGGAGAAUGUGCGGAUUAUCAUUUUUAAAAGAAAAUUACUCUCAUCUCAAUGCCAAAAAGAUAGUUUCCACACAUCACUUACUUGCCGAUGUCUAUGGUGUUACAGAAGUACUACAUGGGUUACAACUGAAGAUUGGAAUACUAAAGAAUAAAUAUCAUCCUGACCUUCGUCUCUGGGCAUGUUCUGGGAAACGAUUAGACCACGAUCAAGUAAUUGCUGGAGUCGAGAAAAAAAUAACAGUGCAAGACAUGGUUAACUUAGAAGGAAAGAAACAUCACGUACAAAACCAUAAAGAACCAUCUCAUUUGCCUCUAAAAAUGGAAGGAACUUACAUAACAAGUGAGCACAGCUACCAGAAGCCACAAAACUUUGGUCAAGACUGCAAAUCUCUUGCAGACCCAGGGAGUUCAGAUGAUGAUGUUAGUAGUUUUGAAGAAGAACAAGAAUUCUACAUAAGAGAUAAAAACCGUGUACAGCACUCAGGAAAAGAUGAUGGAAUGUCCCAAAAGACCCCAGCUGAAAAGAAGACAGUGUUUGUCUACAGUGAUAAAAAGAGCACCGAAGACCCAGGAGAUGCACAUCUUCAGUGGCAGCUCAAUCUCCUUACACACAUAGAGAAUGUGCAGAAUGAAGUUACUAGCAGGAUGGACCUCAUAGAAAAAGAAGUUGAUGUUCUGGAAAGCUGGCUUGAUUUCACAGGGGAGUUGGAACCACCUGAUCCUCUAGCAAGACUGCCCCAGCUUAAACGCCACAUCAAACAGCUCCUCAUUGAUAUGGGCAAAGUUCAACAAAUAGCAACACUUUGCUCUGUAUGACAACAGUGAAAAUCAGAUGGAAGGGAGAAAGGCAUGGCUUUCUUCAAGUAAUUUUUUUCUACCCACGUAAUAGUGGAUAAUUAAGUCAAAGCCUGGCCAUCUUUGUUAUUUAGCUGUGACAUCAGUAUUGGUGGCACCCUCAAAAGCAAGAUGUAGAACUACUUCAUCAAGGAGCAAGUUCAUAUAAAAAAAAUCUGUAUGAGCAAACUGCAAAUGAUGAUGUGUUAUGUGCUAAGGAUCAAUGAAGUAGAAUAUAAGGAAAUCGAGUUAGCAGGAUUUUUGAGUAGCUGCUUACAUGACACUCGGGAUACCUGUAGAGUGAAAUAUGGUAUUUAUAUAGCUUCUAGGUGAAAGAGCGUUUGGCCAGCAGAAUUGUAGAGGAAAAUUAAAUUUCUGGAGAGUUCUGUAAGGUUGUUGUAAGAACUGUCUUCUCUGCAGUUAAUCCAGCUGCACCAAAAUAUGGGAUAUUCAACUUAAAGGAUCAUGAGCUGUUUCAUAGAUGAUGAAUGUACUGAAUCAGAAGCCCGACAGUAGAAGCCUCACUUCUGGAGAAAACAAUUGUGGAUUCUUACUUUAUUAUGAAUUAUUUUAAAAAGACACCAAAUAAUUGGAUUUUAUUGCAAGCAUUAGGCUCACUAAAAACAAAAUAGCUUGCAGAAGGGUCACUGUGCCAAAUGAUGUUACUGCUGGAAAAAGGAUUUUCUAAACUGUGGGAUUUCUCCCACCCCAAGUCUUACAUAAGGCCAUCAGUCUAUCACAAACGUGUAUCUCAGACAUAAAGACUAUAUAUGUUACAUAUAUAGUUGCAUUGCAGUAUUCAGGCUUCAACAUAUAGUUUGAUCCUGAGUAUGCUUUGGUGUUUGCCUUCAGGAAAAAAAUAAAACUUUAAAUAGCCUCAGCUGGGAUGAGGAGUGACAAAAAAAUCAAAAAUAAUAUGUGGUUGUGGAAUUUUUAACUGCUGUAGCGGAAUACUGGAAAAGCUUCAUUUCUGAAGAUGAAUUUUAUUUUUAAAAAAUACAUGUGCGCUCAAAACUUGUACCUUUGAUCACAAGUGGACAAACUCCUGAAACCAAAGGCAACCAAGUUGCUUUGUUAGCUCUUGCUGGAUUUUGAGCCUAGGUCCUCCUGUCUGCCAGUGCUCUUAUGAGUUGUGUGCGGUCCCCAGUGCUACAUACGCAGGUAUGCGUAAGAGUGUAUACUUGUUUGAAACAAACACUCAACGUGUAUAUGUACAUAAUCGACACAUAUUUAUAUCUACACAUAUCUAGUUUUAAUACUAUAGUCUAUAAGAAUUGGUGGUCAACAUGAAAUGUUACCUUUUAACAGACUGUUUUUAAAAUUUUUAAAAAAAUGUAUGUACAGGUUUUGAAACUUUUUUAAAAAGGGGAAAAAAGACAGUUGAGGCUAUUUGGUGACAUGUAACACUUGAAUAUUUUAUGCCUCAUUCUGUUUAUCAGUUCUAGCAAUCUGUAUAAAUGAAUUUUAGAACUGAUACACAGUAAACUUGAAUUUAUCUUUGAUAAGAAUACAUGCCAUUGUACAUUCAGAUAUUAUUUAAAUUUGCAAACACACUGUUCUAUAUGUAAGGUACUGUAUGUAAAACUCUUUAUUAAAACUAUUCCAUAUAUCCUGCAACUUCAGUUUGCCUUUUUGCGGCCUUAUAUUUUGAUGUAAAGGUAAUUAAAAGAUUGUACUAAACAGUCACUACAAAUUUUUUAUUGCCUUUUGAGAUUCUUCGACUUGACAAAUGUGCCAAAGAUGAACAGACAUUAAAUACAGUCCUGUAUAUUUGCUAGUGAACUUUGUCAGAGGUCUUAUCAAGACAUGAAAAGCUUUAGUAGAAAUAAUAUGAAAUAAUUGCUUAUAUUUGCAUAUUAAAGGUAGAAAAUAGUGCCUAUAUUUCAUGUGUGGAGUAAAUUUGCUAAUGUGUACAUUUCAGGAUUGGUACUGCAUCUUUUGUGUUUUAAAACAGUAGCUCUGAUUUCUUCAUUGUCAAUUCAAAACAUUUAAGUUGUAUCUUUUUGUCAGAAGUAAGCAAAUUUUGAAUAGUUAUUGUUGCCUAAAUUCUUGUCACAUGCACGGAAAACCUUUUGUCCCAAAAAACACCCGUCUUUUCAGUCCCUGGUGACCAUUUUAAAGUAUUGUACAUUUGUCAUUAUUGUGCCAUUCAAGUAAAUAACUUUAUUAGAAGCAGGCAAACUGGAAUCUUGUUAAGAAUUAGAUUAUUGAACUGUUUGCUCUGAUUUUAUGUAUAUUAAUUGGAAGUCUUGAUUUUUAUUCUAAAAUCAGUUCUAUAUCAUGUUAUCCAUUUUAGUACAGAGUAUAGCAACAACCAGUUAUUUUAGCAACUGAUGGACUAAACCUUCCCUUGUUUAAGACAGUGAGUUCAUUUUGAGAAAAGGGUUCAUUGUGAGAUUUUAGAUGAGUUGAUCUUUUCACUUGGAUUUACUUUAAAAUUAAAAAACGAUGUAUAUACAUGCAUAUAUGUAUAUACAUAUACACAUACACACACUAUACAUAGAUACACACACACAUAUAUAUAUAUAUAUAUCUGUAUAUAUAUAUAUAUGUAGUGAUAAUAGAGAGGGUGUUUCUUGAACAAAAGAACUUUUCACUGCUACCCAGACAUAACAGAGGAUUGGUGGGGAUGGGCCCUUCUUAGCAUUUUACUGAAAAACAUGAUUUGUACUUUUUCAUAUUUUUGUGUGGUCCUACUGACUUAAAACUAAUUUAUUAUUUUCUUUUAAAUGUGACUAUUCUCAUAAAUUCAAAUUCUGGCCAUAUUCCCAACACUCAUCUUACUUCCAUGCACUUAUUUUUCUCUCAGAUGUUCAUAUUCCACAUGUUCAAAAGGAAGCACGCCAUUUCCCUUCAAUCAACUGGAAUUGGUAGCAGCUCCAUUCUGCUAAGAACAUUUUCUGAACUGUCCCAGCUUGUAAUAUGUGUCCUACCUAUAUCCAUCUCAUCUGUAUCUGCUGCUUCUUCAGAAUGAAUGGUGUCAUCUUCCUCCUCCUCAGUUUUACUAUUUAUUGUAGUCCACUAUUUUGCAUAAAAAAGGUCAUGGAAAUUCAACUACUGUUCUCAGAAAAUUUAACUUUGUUUUCAUUCUAAUUUAUCGAAAUGUCAUUUCCAGGCUAGAGGAUUAAUGCUUCUUCAGUCCCUAUUCUAUCAGUAAUGUACAUAUUACCUAUAAUAUCUAAUUGCAUUCUUUGAUAAAAAUAGGUAAAACAGUCACGUUCAAGUGCUAGAUAAUAUUUAAGUGGCAGAUUUAAGAUUCAAAGCCUGUGCUAAUUCAGACUCAUUUUCUUUCCUUUGCUUUAAUGAUCCAUUGUUAAUUCAGAUUUCUUCUCUGAAACCACUAGUAGCUCCCCUGUUUGAAAGCAAAUCAAAUCUGUGUGAUAUCAAUCAUUUGGGCUUCCCUGUAAAAAAUUUUCAAGUUUAUUUAAAUACAGUGUUAGAUUGUAAUUGUGUCUUCACAAUUCACAUCUUGUGUCUUCCUGUCAUUUUUCUCUCCUAAAAUCUCAUUUAUUUUGUCUCUACAAACAUGGAAAAUUAUAUGAACUUUUAAAAUUAUUAUUAUUAUUAUAGUUUCUUCCUAUGCCUAGAGACACAGACCCUUAAUGAGGGAUUUUACACUAUCCUAUAUUGUACACAACUAUGGAGAAAUUGUAUCAUUGAAUACUAAGUUGUGUGGUGGACCAGGCAUGCUUUGUAAUCCUCUGCUCAAAUUUUCAGUCUGGCAAAUCACUAGUAGUAAUCUCUUAGCGUUGGUUUCUUUAUCCAUAAAAUGGAAAUAAUACCUGGUUUAGGUCUUGUUUUGAGAAUGAAAUGAAGUGCCUCAAAAGUGUUCAUAAUUGUAAGUUGAAAAUUAAAUGUAGUAGACAUGUUGAAUGUUAUCUGUGUGUGUCAGCCAUUAACUUAUGUGACGAUAUGGAAUUAAUGGUAAGAUUAAUUUUCCCAUGAGAUGGGUGAUAUCAGAGAAUACAAGGAACCAAAGAGAGAAAAGAAAAUAAAGAUGAUUAAAUGUUAAAGGGCUUGGGGAAAACAGAUUUGGUAUCUUAAUUAAAAUAGUGGUCUUCAAAUAUUUUCUGUCAGCGACCUCUUCAUAGGAAUUUUGAAAAAAUGUAAUGCACUCUUAGUAUCUCUUAUCUUUUGGUACUCCUGCUUUUUGUACUGGAGAUAAAAUUCAGAUGUAUUUAAAUAGAGAUCAUCAAAGGGAGUUGAAGUAUAGGAGAAGAAUAAGGGAUGGUUGAAAAAAGCCAACAUAAAUGUGCACACAAAUUGACACUGCUAUGUCAAUGAGAUUUUGAUUUUUCCAUUCAAAUUUGUUUAUCAUAAAUCUAAACUUCAAAGGAUGUGACUUCCAGUUUGUAAAUAUUGGCAUAUUAAAAUUUAUUUUUAAUCA